AUGGACGAAUCGGACUACUGGGGACUCGCGCGUAGCAAUGGGAUGAACUGCACACAACCCGCCAUCGACGAUUUUCCCCGGGAUCUGUUCACCGAGGAGCAGCGCCAGAAUGGGGCAGUAGUGUUACAUGCAAUCGCUAGUUUAUAUUUAUUUGUAGCUUUGGCCGUAGUUUGUGAUAAGUAUUUUGUACCUGCCGUUGAAAAGAUUUGUCAAGCGCUAAACAUGUCCAACGAUGUAGCGGGGGCCACAUUCAUGGCAGCGGCUACCUCCGCUCCCGAGCUGUUCGUCAACGUGAUCGGCACGUUUAUCACCGAAGGUGACAUUGGCGUUGGCACCAUCGUGGGCUCUGCCGUCUUCAAUAUCCUGGCUGUGGCCGCCUGCUGUGGGAUCGGCGCCGGAAUGGUAGUGCCACUGGAUUGGUGGCCGCUGACGAGAGACUGCCUGGCCUACGGUAUCACGGUAGCCAUUUUGAUCUGCAUUAUCCAUGACGAACGAGUCGAAUGGUACGAGGCGCUGAUAUUGGUGCUGCUCUACAUUGUGUACAUUGCUGUAAUGUACUACGAUAAAUCUUUUCAAAAGUGUGCAAGAGGUGGUCUGAAGCACGCCCGAAAGCGAAGAUCCCAUGAUACCUCCAGCAGCCUUAAGUCAGAAUCCAGCCGUACGCAAGAGGCAAUUGAGGCGCGCACUCCGCUGCGCAUUGGACACUUCCAGCAGAACGGAAACUUGAAGAAUGUGGCCCAUAUCGAUGCACCCGCGGAAUUGACGUCACCAGCCACGACCGGCACCGGGAUGGACGUUGAAAUGCAAAUUAAGCCAUUCGCAUCGAUCGACUUGCGUGUGCCGGAGACGGCAAUGGCAACCGCAACGACGGAUCUCGAAACGAACAAGACAAGCGCCAGUACAUCCAUUGACCCGUCGACGGCGGAGGGUGAUGAGAGUGUUCCCGAGCGACCACCGCCCCCGCCAAGCCCUGCCACACCGCCGGUGCAGGACCCGGACAAGGGUAAUGGGGCCGAUCGGAAAGACAUGACGACGGGUUCCUUGCCGCUAAAGGAAUGGAGCGGUGAGAAUGGACACGGAACGACGGGACCGGUGGCGGAGGCAGUUGUUAGAGCACUUGAAAGUGGCACUAGCGCUAGUGGCGGUACCGAUGCUAAUGGCGACGGUGCUAAUCCGGAUGGUGCGAGUGUGGCGGGAGAGGAUGAGGACGAAUUUAAGCUACUGAAAUAUCCGCUUGGCAAGAGCGCGUUCAGGCAGUUCUCCUGGAUCAUUACUUGGCCGAUCCAUCUGUUGUUUAUGUUCACCAUACCGAACUGUGAGAAGCCGCGCUUCCGGAAUUGGUUCCCGCUGACAUUCAUCAUGUGCAUAGUGUGGAUCGGAUCGCUAUCGUACGUCGUUGCAUGGAUGAUAACGAUUAUUGGUGAUACGCUCAAGAUACCGGACUCCGUAAUGGGCAUCACGUUUUUGGCUGCCGGAACGAGCGUGCCAGAAGCUGUCUCCAGCGUAAUAGUAGCAAAGCAGGGUCACGGUUCAAUGGGCAUCAGCAACUCGAUCGGUUCGAACACGUUCGAUAUACUGCUGUGUCUCGGGCUGCCGUGGUUCAUCAAGGCAGCAUUUUCACCGAUUGAACCGGGCCACCAUUGGGUUGGUAUUAACUCGGCAGGACUGGAGUAUUCGGCCAUCUCACUGCUAUCGACGCUGCUGAUGCUGUACAUCGCGUUCUCGCUGAACAAGUUCAAGCUGGACCGACGGGUCGGUAACGCGUGCCUCAUCAUGUACGCCGUGUUCCUCAUCCUGGCCAGCCUGAUCGAGCUGAACGUGUUCUUCCGCGUCAAUCUGCCAACCUGCGGACGGUGA